CGAGACAGAGAGAUGCUUGGAAGAAGACAGAAAUGGCGCUUCACGUUCUGGGAGUUUUAUACCUGUUCCUCCACACCUCUGUCGGGAUAGCAGCCGAGAGUCUGGUGGAUCUAGAGACAGCCUCGACCCUGCUGACACCGUGCUACACCCGGGUGGCGCUGCACUGCAACAUUUCCUCGCAGGCGGAACUCUCCGUCAAUAGACUGACUUGGAUUGACGCGGCCAGCCAGACGGAGCUGUGUGUCGUCAACAUGAAUAAUCUGAUUUCCUCUGGGAACCACAGCAUGAAAUGCGAGUACAUUCCCCAGAAGAGGCUCUCGCUGACUUUCAGACACGUUCAUCCGGAGCAUGAGCGAACAUACAAGUGCAGCCUGAAGUCCAAUCGAGGAAUCAAACAGGCCACCACCAAAGUUAAGCUACAAGAUUGCUACAGAAACAAAUACCUCAACUUAUCUGCGUCGUGGGCCACAUGCCAUUUCUCUGGUGUUUAUCCCGAGGGGGAGGUGCACUGGUUCCAUGGCGACAGGAAUGUGACGGAGCACUCGGACAGGCAUCCGACUAGGCGUAACCACGACGGGACUUUCAACGUGUCCAGCAGCCUGCACACCGGGCAUUCGUCCACUGUAUGCUCCCUGUGGAUCCCCAGCUCUAAGGUCUACCUGGUGAAGCAACCUACAACUAAGCUGAAUUCACUCAGCUACAGAUCUGACAGCUGCAGAGCUGCGGCCGCCCACACCUUCAGCCUAGGGUUUGGGUUAAUGCUGACCAGGCUCCUUGGGCCAUAGUCAUGCCAGGCUCACGCCUGGGAAGCUUCUCUCCUGCUACCUCAUGUGAGGAAAAACGAACAAUGAAAAAUUAACUAAGCCUGGUGACCAGAAGCUGGUGGUUUGAGAAGCAUUUCCUCUGUCUUUCUUCAUGUUUUCUGUCAUAUUGCUGUUUAAAAUUCUGAAUUGAGAUUUUUUUUUUUUUUUUUUUUAUGAAGUCCCGUGAGUAAUUACUGCACAAACAAUAAGAAGUUAUUAGCUAUGGAGUUUGUCACCUGUAAAAUAAUGCUGCUGGUGUGUGGGUGCAGUGGUUAUCGCCAAACAGUCAGCCUAACAACUGCUGUAUAUGUCUUCCAGUCAUUCUUCAGGGAAAAAAAACAAUAAUGUAAAUGCAACGUUUAUUUUGUUUUAUGCCGUCUUUUCACCAUUGUGAUCAUAUGUAGCAUAAUUAAGCUAGAACCUUCAAUAACAAUGAUCUCUGCAUGUGUAUAUCUGCAACUUGUGGUCAGGAUUUUAUCAUAUAUCAACAAUUAAAACAUAUUGAGU